AUGCAGGCAGAAGAUCAUCCAAUCAACUUUUCAAGCUGGUGGCAUGUUUAUGGUGAACCAAAGGCUACAUUCAAUAUUAUCACAGUUGAUCAACUCUCGAAGCUAUAUUACAGUGAAGAGAUAGGGAGGGAUUUUGUUGUCAUCGAUGUGAGACGAUCUGAUUUGACUGAAAUGAUUCCAGGCGCAAUCAAUUUACCAGCACAAUCACUUCCACAAGCUCUUCCAAGUUUGAUAUACAGCCUGGGAAACAUCGAUAAGUUUAUAUUUCAUUGCAACUCUUCAAAAGGCAGAGGUCCUAGAGCUGCUGGUUGGUUCGCAGAUGCAUUGAACAAUCAUGUGAAAAGUGUUGACCCAUCUCUUGGUACUCAAGGUCGUGUUUUUGUACUCGAAGGCGGAAUAAAUAGCUGGAAAGAAAAGUUUGGAGCUCAAAGUAUCGAGGAUCGCGGCAAACCAUGGGAUCAUAAAACGAUGUCAUCCGUACAAUUGUAA